UGCGUGUGUGUGUGUGUGUGCAGGUGCUCUGAGUGGCAAAAACAUACAUGUGAAGAGCUCCUUUGGGAGCGUGAAGUGUUCGUUAGAUCAGUGGUCAACAGCUACAUUCACUUCUCUGAAAGGAAAAACAACCAUCAAGAAGCCUUUCUCUGCGGACACCGUUGUUUUGGAUACAUCAGAGACUGUUGGUGGUGGGAGUCUUGUAGACCAUGUGGCCAUUCAUGACGACGUCUGAAUGUGCACUUGCGCUGCUUGCAUUGGUCCUGAGCAACAUCAACAGUUACUGUCGCCAGUGGGACUCGGAACUGCCACCCACUGGCACUGACCUGAUUCAGUAUUGCACAGUACAGGCCACUGCUCUCUGGAUAGCAGUUCAGCAUGCGCUGUACAGAAACACUGCCAGUUCUCACACACUGCUGUGCUGCAGCAGCCAUCCAGGAAUGGAACUUCACUUGCCAGGAAACUGGGAGAGUUGCCUGCUGCCAUGACUAACAUGCUCGGCUGGGCCAGCGUGUGCGCACGCAUGUGCAUGUUCAUCGUGAUGUCAUGCUUAUCAUGACGUGGAAACGGAACCCUGACAUGCUGUGCGCCUCAUACUCAUGAUCCUAGCGCUCACUGGUGCUGUGAGAAUAGGCACGUCAACACCAACACUCAAUUCACCACCACCAAUAUCUGACCAAAAUGCCAACUGCACAAACCAGGCAUGGAAGCCUGAGAAUAGUGGGAGGCUGUGCAUUGAAUGGAAUAGACGAAUGGUAACAACAUGCCCAUAGAAAGAACAAACACAAGUAACAAGGCGGGCUCGGCUGGGUCAACAAAUACAAUCAACUAAAAAAGCUGAAAAGAACCCAAGAGAAUUGUAACAAGACGUAUGUUCUAUCAUGUGACGAGCUCGACCUCUCCUGUACAGUGCCUUGACAUUAUCAGGCUGCAUGUCCAGCACAUACGUACAGUUCUUCACCACUUUCACUGCAUCACCCAUGCGCAGCUGACAUGCAGCAAGGUUUAAAUGGCAUUUGGCACGAAUAUCUAUCAACUCUUCCUGGAGUGCACGGUCGAGGUCCUGUACCGUCAGACCCAGGAUGCAGUGUUUCGCUGCGCGGCUGUAGCGGCGUGCAGCCAACCACCAUGAGGACGUACUCACAAGCUGCCCGCCUCGAUCCUUCAGCUGCUUCGCAAGUACAAGGCGUUGGCCUGGGCUUGGCAAAUCUGCUACGGGUGAUGUGGAUUCAGGCAUACGGUCUAAACUCACAGUCACUUCUACUAGCUCUUUGUCAGGCCUACUACUGCCCUCGGUGAAGCAACUGGACGGAAAGGAGCAGAUGCUAACCUCCUCGUACUUCAUAGUGAGAACCAAGGAGUCCAAGUAAUCGUCCAGAAGAGUAUCUCCAGAUCCGACUUCGAACUGAACAAUUCUGUCAUUCUGGCGCUGCUGUAUACGUACAGCCACGUUCGUACCCUCAACGGGACAUUGGACGCCACUACCUCGCUCAACAAUGACUUUCCUGAGGCUUAGGCAUUUGUCCACCAGUACGCUUUCCUCCAUGCCUCAAUAAUGGUGGAGCGAUCUCAUUCACCAACGAUUCAUUUACGAUACCAACCCUGGAAAAUGUACGUCAAGUUCAGUGCUUCUCCCACUCCUCUACGAGAUUGAUCCUCCUCGUAUCUCCUCCGAGUUAAUCAGGGCUGUCCCUCAACGACCCCGAACGAGCUUUUAUAAAGCAAUAGAUCGGUUACAGCUAGCAGAAGGAGUAUAAUGCAGCAAUGGAACGAAAAAUGGUUGAAGGAGACACUCGUGCAAUGCAGAACGUCAACAAUUUUUUUCAAAUCUACAGUCGUACAGAGAUACCGCCGUAUACCUGUAACCUGGUAUACCUAUCCGAUCGAGUCACGGAGAUCGAGAGUCGGGACGCCAUAUUCACGUAGUCAAGGAUACGCACUCGCAAAUAUCACCACGUGCGCGUGGACUUCGGUACAAAGUUCACAACACAAGGCCAAGAGUUGCUUCUGUUGGUUGGGAAGAGGAGUUGUGCGGAGAACACACCUCUGCCUCUUCCAGUCUGGCUCUGUCGUUGUCGACACGACGGCAGGCACAGGAUCUAGGAGAGUUUCGCCACACGAUUUGUCGCCCCUCCACUCUGGUGAAGUUUGGCUCAAUGGACAGAGGAUUGCUGUCGCCCUAACCAGAAGGCUCUCGAGGGAGCAAGCCAAAAGUCUUGCAGAAGGAUGUGUUCGACGUUGUACGCGGGUGGUGAUGGUGGCGGCAGCGGUGCACGAGAGGUGGCUGAACUUGACAAACUUCUUUCAAGCGCACACUUUGACAACAACCAACAUGUGCAGGCCAUUGCAGGCGAGGAGCAGCGAACAGCAGCUGCACAGAAACAACUCGCUGAGAAACAAGCGGACAUCAAGGCAUUGGAAGAGUCCAUAUCUCGCUGCGACUCAUCAGCAAAGGAGCUCCAUCAACGGCUCAAACAAGCCAGAGAGAAUAGUGAAAGUUCCAAGAGAACGGCUGUUCUUCUCGACGAGCACAUUGCUGCAAUGCAGCGGAAGAUGCAAGAUGCGAAGGAGACACGUGAAAGAAAAAGGCAAGAGAAGGAGUCCAAGAUCAUUCACUAUCAGCAGCUAUGGGAACAGUACGAGAGAGUCUACUCUGAGCGAGCACUGGCGAAGCAGCUGUCAUCCAUCCAAAUAUCUGCUAAUGAUGAUGUGAACAAGGUGCAUGAAGUAGACGGUGAAGUCAAGCAAUUUCAAGAUGCCGUAUCUAGCCUGACAAUAACGGUGAAUAACAAAAACGAAAUGGUUAGAUUGCGAGAGGAAGCCAAGAACCUGGACUACAGGCCAUAUGUCAUUGAAAUGGCCAAAAACCACGCUGAGAAACAAGUUCUUUUCACUGUGAUGAGAAGACUUAAGGGAAGCACUGCUCAGGUCCAAGCUGACUGCAUUACACUGGAGCAGAAGAAAGCAAUGACUGUAGCCGAGAUGGAGAAGUUGGAUGUGGAGGAGAACACAAGACAGGAGCAGCCAGCGUCUAAUCUCAAUCAAGCGACGUUUGCGAUGCCUCCCGCUCCUAUUCCUACUCAACCACGUCCAUAUGUUAUGCCUCAGUCGACACCUGCACCACGCCCUUACGCCAUGCCUCAGUCGACGGCACCCCCGCCGAAGACUCUUCAAGCACCAGCAACACGUCCCAGCCAAGUGCAGUCGACUGUGAGGAUGCCACCAGUAGACACGGCAAUGUGCGUCGCCCCUCCCGUGCAUAGCACAAUGCCCCCAUGUACCAGUGGAAGUAUGCCACUGUCUGCACCUCCCAGCUCACUGGUUACAACAGCAGUCCAUGCAGGGCCUGAAUCAUCUCAUGUCAACGCAACAGAUGAGCCAGAGCCCAUGCAUGCCCAAGAUGCGGCUGGGAACACUAUGACUGCACCCGGUGGUAGUAUUGUUACUGCAACAUAUCAGGAGACUGCCAGCGCAGCACAUGAUGGCAGUGUUGCAGGUGAUAUGAGACCUCCACCGUCACCACUUACUGCACCCAGUACACCCAAGACUCCGCAGGCUCCCUCCGCACCUAGACAGGGUCGCCAGGGUUUGGAGAGUCCAGGGUUUGGCUUACAGAAACCUGCGUCGCCGCUGGAUAGUUUCCAGUACGCUGGCAGGCCCAUGUUCAACUCUUCCGCAACAGGAGCACUCGCAUCACCAACGGCGGCACCAACAAGUCCGGGCAUGCCCUUCUUUCAGACUUGGAACGGCCAAAAGAACAAAGACGCUCAACCAAGUUCUCAGAUGGCUGAUACAGAAGCGGUUGGUGACGGUGAUCCAACGAGUGGAUUCCUUGCUUUGGCAGCCAGUCUGGCUCCAUCUUCCUCAUCCCCGCAGGGCUCAGUUGAACAGCAGCAGCAGCAGCAGGCCAGUGGCGGUGGUGGUCUUUUCGGCUCAAUGUCUCCAUGCAACAGCAACAGCACUACCCAAGAUUCAUCCGCAUCGUUCAGCAUGUUCGCCUCAGCUGGGUCAGAGGUAGGUAGCGGUGGCGGCGAUCGCAGCGGCGCUGGAUCUGAUUUCUCGUUCUCCUUUGGUGGUGGCGGUGGCGGAGGAGGUGGUGGUGAACCUUGCAACUCCAGUUCUGCUGCGUCUUCUACACCAGACUCUGGUAUGUUCUCAUUUUCCUUUGGUGGUAGCAGUGAGCCAGAGGGCAGCAGCAGCUCUCAAAGCCCUGCUGGAUUCUCAUUUGGCGGUGCCAGCACCGGCGACACAGGGGGCACGGGCAAUGAGCCUAGCCCGGGGUUCUCUUUCGGUGCUGCAGCCGGAUCACCUCAGAGUGGAGGCAGCCAGGGUGGCGGCAGUUCCUCGGGCUUUUCAUUUGCAUUUGGUGCGGCAUCCCCACAGCGUGAAACUGACAAUUCAGCAAACUCAAUGUUCAGUUUGUUCUAAGCACACUCGUAAAUACUCUUCUUCUUCGUUGUCUCUCUAAGUAAAGUUGAGUUCAGAAGACAGAUAAGAAGCCGUAGUAACAGGUAAUUAUUAUUGUUAUGCAGUAAAAAUAUAUGUAGAUACAUCAUAACGCAGAUAUGUGGCAGAUAUGUAGAUUUACAGAAUGCGUAGAAGAAAUCUUACUUCCUUCUUAUUUAAAAUACGCUGUCAUGAUGAGUCAUCAUGAUGCAUGUGUGAGUUGUCCUUUCCCUGGAAUAAUUUCUAUAGCUGCAUUUACUGGAAGCUAAAGAUACUCACUGUCUCUGCAAUGGGUUAGUUGGGAAAAUAUAUGAUAAAUCUGCAAAAAGAUGAUCUGAUGAUAAUCCUGUA